GCGGGCGCGGCGCGGCGCGGCGGGAGGCGGCGGGAGGCGGCCCGGCCCGCUCGAAGAUGGCGGUGCGGAAGAAGGACGGCGGCCCCAACGUCAAGUACUACGAGGCCUCGGACACCGUCAGCCAGUUCGACAACGUCCGCCUCUGGCUCGGCAAGAACUACAAGAAGUACAUCCAGGCCGAGCCCCCCACCAACAAGUCGCUGUCGAGCCUGGUGGUGCAGCUGCUGCAGUUCCAGGAGGAGGUGUUCGGCAAGCACGUCAGCAACGCGCCCCUCACCAAGCUGCCGAUAAAAUGCUUCUUGGAUUUCAAGGCGGGAGGAGCCCUGUGCCACAUCCUGGCAGCAGCCUAUAAAUUCAAGAGCGACCAAGGAUGGCGGCGUUUCGAUUUCCAGAAUCCCUCGCGGAUGGACCGCAACGUGGAGAUGUUCAUGACCAUCGAGAAAUCCCUGGUGCAGAACAACUGCCUGGCCCGGCCCAACAUCUUCCUGCACCAGGAGAUCGAGCCCAAGCUGCUGAGCAAGCUGAAGGACAUCGUCAAGAGGCACCAGGGCACGGUGACCGAGGACAAGAGCAACGCGUCCCACAUUGUCUGUCCCGUCCCCGGGAACCUGGAGGAAGAGGAGUGGGUCCGGCCAGUCAUGAAGCGCGACAAGCAGGUCCUGCUGCACUGGGGCUACUACCCCGACAGCUACGACACCUGGAUCCCCGCCAGCGAGAUUGAGGCCUCUGUGGAGGACGCCCCGACGCCGGAAAAGCCCCGGAAGGUCCACGCCAAGUGGAUCCUGGACACAGACACCUUCAACGAGUGGAUGAACGAGGAGGACUACGAGGUGACGGACGAGAAGAGCCCCGUCGCCCGCAGGAAGAAGAUCUCGGCCAAGACGCUGACGGAUGAGGUGAACAGCCCUGACUCGGACCGGCGGGACAAAAAGGGGGGCAACUACAAGAAGCGAAAGCGCUCGCCCUCCCCCUCGCCCACCCCAGAGGCCAAGAAGAAGAACGCGAAGAAGGGACCCUCCACCCCCUACAACAAAUCCAAGCGGGGGCACCGCGAGGAGGAGCAGGAGGACCUGACCAAGGACAUGGACGAGCCCUCACCCGUCCCCAACGUGGAGGAGGUCACCCUGCCCAAGACAGUCAACACCAAGAAGGACUCGGAGUCUGCGCCUGUCAAGGGCGGCACCAUGACGGACCUGGAUGAGCAGGAAGAUGAGAGCAUGGAGACAGCCGGCAAGGAUGAGGAGGAGAACGGCACCGGGAGCAAGGGGGAGCAGGCCAAGAACCCCGACCUGCACGAGGACAACGUGACGGAGCAGACCCACCACAUCAUCAUCCCCAGCUACGCCGCCUGGUUCGACUACAACAGCGUCCACGCCAUCGAGCGCCGAGCCCUGCCCGAGUUCUUCAACGGCAAGAAUAAAUCCAAGACCCCCGAAAUAUACUUGGCUUACCGCAACUUCAUGAUCGACACGUACCGGCUGAACCCGCAGGAGUACCUGACCUCCACGGCGUGCCGCCGCAACCUGGCCGGCGACGUCUGUGCCAUCAUGCGGGUCCACGCGUUCCUGGAGCAGUGGGGCCUCAUCAACUACCAGGUGGAUGCCGAGAGCCGGCCCACCCCCAUGGGCCCCCCGCCGACCUCCCACUUCCAUGUGCUGGCCGAUACGCCCUCGGGGCUGGUGCCGCUGCAGCCCAAGACCCCCCAGGGCCGGCAGAGCGACGGCGACGCCAAGACGGGCCGCAAGAGCAAAGAGAUCGAAGACCUCGUCACCGAGACGGUGAAGGGGAAGCCGGAGCUGCAGACCUCGGCCUCGCAGCAGAUGCUGAACUUCCCCGACAAGAGCAAGGAGAAGCCGGCCGACAUGCAGAACUUCGGCCUCCGCACCGACAUGUACACCAAGAAGAAUGUCCCCUCCAAGAGCAAAGCUGCCGCCAGCGCCACGCGGGAGUGGACGGAGCAGGAGACGCUGCUGCUGCUGGAGGCCCUGGAGAUGUACAAGGACGACUGGAACAAGGUGUCGGAGCACGUGGGCAGCCGGACGCAGGAUGAGUGCAUCCUGCACUUCCUGCGGCUGCCCAUCGAGGACCCCUACCUGGAGGACUCGGAGGCGUCGCUGGGGCCGCUGGCCUACCAGCCCAUCCCCUUCAGCCAGUCCGGCAACCCCGUCAUGAGCACCGUCGCCUUCCUGGCCUCCGUCGUCGACCCCCGCGUCGCCUCCGCCGCCGCCAAGUCGGCUCUGGAGGAGUUCUCCAAGAUGAAGGAGGAGGUGCCCACGGCCUUGGUGGAGGCCCAUGUCCGCAAGGUGGAGGAGGCGGCCAAGGUGACGGGCAAGGCCGACCCCGCGUUCGGGCUGGAGAGCAGCGGCAUCGCCGGCACCGCCUCGGACGAGCCGGAGCGGAUAGAGGAGAGCGGCACGGAGGAGGCGCGGGCGGAGGCGCAGCCGGCGGAGGAGAAGAAGGAGGCGAAGGAGCCCCGGGACGGUGCUGGCGAGGAGGAGGCGAAGGAGAAGCCUGGGGAAGCGCCCAAGAAGGAGGAGGAGAAGGGGAAGGAGGCAGAGGGCGAGAAGGAGCCUGACAGGGGGGAUGCUGAGCCCCCCACAGCCCUGCCCCGCCAUCACUGUCGUCCCCCCCCCGCAGGGGAGCCGGAGAAGGAGAAGGAGGCAAAGGAGGGGCUGGACGAGGCGCCCAAGGAGCCACCAGAGCCUGAGGCCGAGCGCAAGGCCAAGGUGGAGCGGGACAUCGGCGAGGGGAACCUCUCCACCGCCGCCGCCGCCGCCCUGGCCGCUGCUGCCGUGAAGGCCAAGCACUUGGCGGCAGUGGAGGAACGUAAGAUCAAGUCGCUGGUGGCGCUGCUGGUGGAGACGCAGAUGAAGAAGCUGGAGAUCAAGCUGCGGCACUUCGAGGAGCUGGAGACCAUCAUGGACCGGGAGCGCGAGGCUCUGGAGUACCAGCGGCAGCAGCUGCUGGCGGACCGUCAGGCCUUCCACAUGGAGCAGCUGAAGUACGCGGAGAUGCGCGCCCGCCAGCAGCACUUCCAGCACCUCCAGCAGCAGCAGCAGCAGCAGCCGCCGCCACUGCCGCCGGGGGCCCAACCUCUGCCCCCCGCCGCCGGUGCCCCCCUGGCCCCCGCCGCCCACCCGCUGGGCGCGCCGCCUGCCCCGCCAUGGUGGCCCCCGCCGAGCCCGUGGGGCAGCCGCUGCCCGGGGCCCCCCCACCGCAGCCGCCCCGCGCCGCCGGGCCGCCCCGGCCGUCCCCGCACGACAGCCCCGGCGCCGUUCCCCGGGCAGCAGCCCCCCCCCCAGAGCCUGGCUGGGAGCCUGGGUGGCAGCGGCCACCCCGCCGUGCCCGGUAAUGCGCCCGCCGCCCUGCCCCUGGGCUUGCCUCCAUCCGCCAUCCCAUUGAGCAUGGCUAACCCCCCCGGCGACCCCCUCGGCGCCACCUUCCCCGCUAACCCCCCCGCCCUCCCGCUGCAUGGGGCCCUGGCCAGCAGCAUGCCGUCCGGGGGGCUGCCCCCCCCCCCCCCCCCCACCCACCCGGCCUGGCCCUGCCGCACCUGGCGGGGGGCUCGGCCGCCGCGCACAGCCCCGCCAUCGUGGCCGCCGUGCAGGGAAGCCUCCUCCCAACCCCGGCCUCCUCGCAGAGCAAGGCCCCCCCCUGCAGACGGACCCCAUCGCCCCCAGCCCCAGCACGGCCACCCCUGUCCCCCCCACGCAGUGAGCCCCCCCCCCCACGCCGGGGCUGAGGAUGCCGCAGCCCCCCCGCAGUGAGCCCCCCCCCCCGCCGGGGC